CCCCCGCCCCGGGGAAGCUCCGCACAGCGCGUUGCCAGUUGUGAAGCGAGCUGGCCCGAGGGGCGGGGCUCGUACAAACCCGGAGCCUCCGGCCCGGCUUCCCCAGUCCCGUAGAUGGCAGCUCCCGACUUGGGAGACGCGGACUCCAGCUGUGCGCCCGGGCCUCGCCCGGCCCGGAUACCCCGCGAUGCUUCCGCGGCUCCCCCGCCCACUCCGCAGACGCCCCCAGAAGGUUCGGUUUGCGGCCUGGGAACCCCUCGGGAUGGGUGCUGUCUCACGCCCGCCUUCCAACGGCCCGUAUCUAAGAAUCUGCUCAAUGUGGGGGAGGGAUUCCGGAAACCUCAAAGAGCCUUUCUUCCCUCCCCCCCCCCGCCCCGAUUUGUGGUUCACAGAGUUCUACAAGGAAGCAUCAUUUACCUCCAAGGGCAAGAAUCACAAGAUCCCAAGCUGGUCUUCCUUCCACUUAAGGCAAGCAUAGGACAAAAGUAUCCACUGUAGAA